AUGUCUGUUAGUUAUAAACUUGGUGAUCUAGUUUGGGCUAAAAUGAAGGGUUUCAGCCCUUGGCCCGGCCGGGUAGCAAUCCCUACGCCGGAACUCAAGCCACCUAAAAAGGCGAUGAACGUGCAAUGCAUUUACUUCUUUGGAACCAACAAUUAUGCUUGGAUCGAAGACAACAACAUCAAACCGUACCAAGAGUACAAAGAACAGCUGAUUAAAUCCUGCAAGACUGCUGCCUUCAAAGAGGCUGUCAAUCAGAUUGAAGAAUUUAUUCUGCAUCCUGAGAAAUUCGGUGACUUGGAUGAUCACGGUCGCAAUACUGAAGAAGACUUCGACAAGCUGAAAGAUGAGAUUGAUGAAGAAGACAGUCAGGAGGAAAAAGCUGAUGGUGAGGAGGAGCCCCCAGCCCCAGAGGCACCGCCUAAAAAGAAGAGCGCCACACCAAAGAUACGUUUGGGCAUUUCAAAGGUGAAGCCUAUGAAACGGUCAUCCUCCGCUGGUAUGAAGUCCACUCCUCGCAAGAAAAGCAAAUCGAGCUUAUCGAGGUCCUACACUGACACGGAUAUGGCCAAUGAGAAGCCUUCGAUGCUUAAUCAUUCGUUCUCCAAGAAGUCCAGCUUGCUGAAUCGGCCAUCAAACAUAUUGAGACCGGAAACUCCACCAUUGGAUCUGGAAAAUGUAUCCGAGACUCUUUUGGAGAAGAACAUAAAGGCGAGUCAGAUGAAGUUUGGCUUCCUCGGUCUCGGGAUCAUGGGCAGUGGCAUUGUGAAGAACCUUCUUAAUUCUGGACAUAAGGUCAUCAUUUGGAACCGGACGGCAGCCAAGGUAAGUGACAUCUUCAGUAUCACUUGA